GUUCCCGAAAGACCAUAACACCCGCCAUUAAAAAUGGCCUCUGCACUGAACCCCUGCAUUGUCGUCCCAACCCUCUCAAACCCCACAAAAACCCAUAUUUCUCACUCUAAACCCUCCAUCUCUCUUUCCCCCACGAGCAAAGCCAACAUCAUCAACUCUUUCUCUCUUACGUCUCCUCCUCACCCAUUUAGUCACUCUUCCUCUCUUCUCCUUGAACUAUGCUCGGACUCAAUAGAGCUCUCUCAAAUCUUACCCCACAUCAUAAAAACCUCUCUCCAAAACGAAGUCUUCAUCCAAACCAAGCUUCUAUCUCUCUUCUCCAAAUUUGGGCAAACCCAACAAGCUCAAAUUAUCUUUCAUCAAUCAGAGAACAAAACUGAAGAGCUAUGGCACUCCAUGCUCAAGACGUUGGCCAAGGAUUCGACUUCGACCCAGGCAUUUGAAUUAUUUUGUGAAAUGAAGCGCUCUUCGGUUCAACCUUCGGUCUAUAAUUUUACCUAUCUUCUAAAGAAUUGUGGUGAUAGAUUCGAGCUCUCGAGGGGUAGAGAGAUUCAUGGCCAUAUGAUCUCAAGUGGGUUUAGUUCCAAUGUCUUUGCUAUGACUGCUUUGGUUAAUAUGUAUGCAAAGUGUAGGAAAGUUGCAGAGGCUCGACAGCUGUUCGAUAGAAUGCCUGAGAGAGAUUUGGUUGCUUGGAAUGCAUUGCUCGCUGGGUAUGCUCAAAAUGGUUUUGCACAAGAGGCUUUGAAGCUUGUGAGUUUGAUGAGAGAGAAAGGAGAGAGACCCGAUUCAAUAACACUUGUCACCAUCCUCCCUGCCUGUGCCCAUCUCGAAUUGUUGAAAUUGGGUAAAUCUAUACAUGGAUUUUCUAUAAGAUCGGGCUUUAAUUAUAUGGUGAAUGUGGGGACUGCAAUCGUAGAUAUGUAUACUAAAUGUGGAUGCAUAGAUUUUGCUAGAAAAGUUUUUGAUAGGAUGACUAUGAGAAAUGUAGUUUCUUGGAAUGCAAUGCUCAAUGGAUAUGUUCAGAGUGGGGCUUCUGAAGAAGCCCUGGAACUCUUCUGGAAGAUGCAAGAAGAAGGAAUUAGGGUUUCGGAUGUUACCAUCAUGGGUGCUCUCCAUGCUUGCGCGAAUCUGGAGGAUUUAGAGCAAGGGAAACUUGUUCAUGAGCAGUUGAUUCGGGCUGGGUUAGGCUCUGAUGUCUCGGUAUUGAAUUCAUUGAUUGCAAUGUAUUCAAAAUGUAAGAGAGUGGACUUAGCAUAUGAGAUUUUCAGUUAUUUGCCUAAGAGAGAGAAAACAUUGUGCUCAUGGAAUGCUAUGAUUUCUGGUUACACACAAGCCGGGUGCAUUAAUGAAGCAUUGGGUUUGUUUAGUGAAAUGAGGAGAGAGAAUGUGGAGCCUGAUUCUUACACUUUGGUGAGCAUCAUUCCUGCUUAUGCUCACUUAUCUGGUUUACGCCAGGGUAAAUGGAUCCAUGGCUAUGCGAUAAGGUCAUGCUUGGAUGGAAACGUAUUUGUAGCAACUGCUCUUGUAGACAUGUAUGGAAAAUGUGGAGGCAUCGAGACUGCUCGUAUGCUCUUCAACACGAUGGACGAGCAUCAUGUGACAACAUGGAAUGCCAUGAUAGAUGGCUAUGGCACUCAUGGGCAUGGAGAGGCCACUCAUUCUCUCUUUGAGGAGAUGCUACGGAGCCCCAUCAAGCCAAAUGAUGUUACAUUCCUAUGUGUUCUCUCGGCUUGUAGCCAUUCAGGCUUAGCCAAUGAAGGUCUUCGAUACUUUGCCAUGAUGCAAAAUGACUAUGGCAUAGAGCCUAAUAUGGACCAUUAUGGAUCCAUGGUGGACCUAUUAGGGCGCUCAGGGAUGCUCUAUGAAGCAUGGGACUUCAUCGAAAAGAUGCCAAUUAAAGCAGGUAUAAGUGUUUAUGGUGCAUUGUUGGGGGCCUGCAAAAUCCAUCAAAACGUAGAAUUAGGAGAAAUGGCAGCAAAGAAGCUGUUUGAAUUAGAGCCACCUGAGGGUGGAUACUAUGUUCUCUUGGCUAACAUAUAUGCUAGUGCUUCGAGGUGGGAUGAUGUAGCUAGAGUGAGAAACAUGAUGGAGAAGAAAGGGCUACAAAAGACACCUGGUUGUAGCUUGAUCGAGCUAAGAAACGAAGUUCAUUCGUUUUAUUCAGGUUGCACAAAACACCCACAAGCUGAGAAGAUAUAUGCAACACUAAGAACAUUAAAGAUGGAGAUGAAGGCCCUUGGUUAUGUGCCUGAUACGAGUUCGAUUCUUGAUGUGGAGGAUGAUGUUAAAGAACAGCUUCUCAAUAGUCAUAGUGAGAAGCUUGCAAUAGCAUUUGGGUUAAUUAAUACGAGACCAGGGACGACGAUACAAAUUCGGAAGAACCUUCGGGUUUGUGCUGAUUGCCACACAGCUACUAAGUUUAUAUCUAAGAUUACAGAGAGAGAUAUUAUAGUGAGGGACAUGCAUCGAUUCCACCAUUUUAAGGAUGGUGAUUGUUCAUGUGGAGAUUAUUGGUAGAGUGUGUAUGUUGAGCCUUUUUAUUGUACUUUAAGGUUAAUUGGCAUUUAUUGUUUGAUUUUAAGAAAAUAAGAAGAAAGGUAAGAUGGACGAGUAUGAAAGGAGUCCUAUUUUUAUUUAUAACGAAGAAUUUCAAUUCUGGAGGAGCAUUUUAUUUUCGUUCUUGGGUAAAUAGGCCCUUGUAUUAAUAAAUAAAUAAAAAAAUUAAAGAAGAAUGCCAAACUUCUCUUCAUUAAUUUGAAUAUGGUAAAGAGAACAUGGUACAUCAGAUGUCCCUCAACCACAUCACGCAUAUUCUACCUGAUGUUAUGGAAUGGCAGGACCUUCUUUCUCUCGAUUCUUUUUCAAGAAUAGACAUGGCUCAAUUCAUCACUUUUUGAGGAUUUGCAUACUCUUGCUGACACUGUGACAAGCCUUACCAGCAAGCGAGAUCAAUGUACCAUGGCAAAGGCCAUUUUAGUGAGCCUUACGGUGCAAUGGAUCCAAGAGUAGAGUUUUACAAGACAAUGUCU